AUGGCCAAUCCCCACUUUUUCCAACGCAAUGGACAACGGCUUCUGGAUAACAAGGAGAAUGGUCCACGGCAGAUAGACGCAUUCACUCUUGAAAACGAGGCAUAUGCCGGAGCCUCGUCUCUGGCCGAGUAUGAAGGUACUUGCGAACGGCCCCCAGGCCUGCAGGCCGGCCAGUCUGCCAAUGAGGCCGAGGCCACGGCCAAGCAUGGCAAUGGCGAUGAUGGUGACCAGGGGGAGGUUCAUGAUGAGCCUACGCCAGGAACUAGGAUUGGCAAAUAUCAUGACUGCCACUAUGUCGGCAGCGGAGUCACUGCAGAAGUCUACCGCUCUGCGGCACUAGCCCUCAAGGUCAUCAUCGAGACGCACAACAUCGCCCCUCACGACCCGGUACGCGAGGCCAAGAUCCUCAAAGGCCUCCGCAAGCCAUGCAUCCCUCUCCUCGAGACCUUUCGUGACCAGGAGCAGCGCCUCGUUCUAGUCUUUCCCUACAUGCCCCUCACGCUCGAGACCCUUCUGGAACGCAGCGGGCUCACCACCACCCAGGUCCGCUCGCACUUUCGCGACCUCUUCACCGCGCUGCGGGACAUCCACGGCCAGGGCAUCAUCCACCGCGACAUCAAACCGUCCGCCGUCCUGCUGGAGUCGCCCGACGGUCCCGCCUACCUCUCCGACUUUGGCUCGUCCUGGCACCCGCAACUGUCCCCCGCCACACCCGUCGCCCCCGAACCGGCCGACGCCAAGAUCCUCGACAUCGGCACGGGCCCUUACCGCGCGCCCGAGGUCCUCUUUGGCGACUCCGCCUACGGCGCCCCAGUAGACAUGUGGGGCGCCGGCGCGCUGCUCGCCGAGUGCUGCCGCCGCCCGCCGCGGCCCCUGUUCGAGUCGCGGCCCGCGCACGAGGACGGCAGCCAGCUCGGGCUGAUCCUGAGCAUCUUCAAGACGGUGGGCAGCCCCACCAGGGAGUCCUGGCCCGAGGCGACGCGGUUCCGGACCCCGCCGUUCGACAUGUACCGCGCCUUUGAGGGCAGGCCGUGGGACGAGGUCCUGGAAGGGGUUGAGUCGGGCUUUGUGAAGCUGAUCAAGGGGCUUGUCAAAUACGACAGUAGCCGAGCGACGGCUGAGCAAGCCCUUGCCUUUGACUGUUUCGCGGACAUCUUUGACCAAGAUACCGGGUCUGUAUCGAAAUGA